UCUAUUUAAAAAGGUCAAGUUUUGAAACAUAUUCUUUAUUCAAAAUUAAAUACAUUUUUCAAGUGUGUUUUGGACUUAUUUAGGCGCGUGUCAAUUUAACAAAGAAAGCUGAUGUUUUCCGUUUAUGAUUUCGUUCUAUUACAGUAUUAUUGUGGAAAUUAAUUAUUCAGUACAUUAUACAGUUAAGUUAUAACGUCCAAGCCCGGGUUGGAGUUGCUUACAGGAAUUUAUAAGAUUCUGGAUGCAGUAUAUGAUACGAAGAGCGAACUAUUUCUACAGAGGACAAGUAAAAAGGAACCUGCGUUAUUUAUCUUUGUCUGAAAACCGGACAAUGAGCAGUGUGGAGUCUUUACCGGUGCUGUAUAUUAAGGCUUCAAACCACUUCGAUGUGGGGCAAGCUGUUGGGAAAACGUUUAAAGGUUUUAUAAACGACUACAUGUCUGACUCCAAAGAGGUUAAAAUGUACCGUAAGUUCUUCAAUGAUCCAAGGGGCAAGCCAAUCGUUGAGCAAUACUUAGAGACGUCGGAAAAAUAUCAUCCUGACAUCAUGUCUGAGAUACGCGGCAUCGCGGAUGGAUCUGGGGAGAGCUUUGUUGACAUCUUCAUGCUGCAGUUAGCCUCUGAGAUCAGCAUGUGUCACUAUGAUGUAUUGUUUCCAAGUGAAGCGGACUCACACAGUACACCUAAAGGGUGCACGGAUGUCCUCGUUAACAGGCAGUCAUGUCGUGUCAUCGGGCAUAAUGAGGACUGGGCGUUUGAAGUCUCGUCACGCGUUGGUAUUGUCCAUGUGACUAUCACGGGACACGGGGAAACCAAACCAAUGGAGCAGUUCCUGUCUUACGUAUUUCCUGGCUAUUUAUCCGGCCUUACUUUUGGAAUGAAUAAACACCUCGUGUUAACAUUGAACAGUCUUGCACCCACUCAGGCGAACGUCCGCGGAGUCCCUUUGCAAAUUGUGGUACGGAACCUAUUAACAUGUGAUAGCAUCAGCGCAUGCGUGGAAAUGAUGGCCAGUAGACCAGUCGGAUGUGGAUUCGGAAUGAACAUCAAUAUUGCCGAGAUUAACACAGACAAGAUGUGUUCAGUGGAAGUCUACUCCGACAAAAACGGGAGUUCCACGGAUGUUCACUGGGCGCAUGAUUGGGUAGACGGCUUCUAUCACCACCAAAAUCAUUAUCGUCGCCCCCGGGAAGAUAUGCAGGCCCCUGUCGUUGCUGGGUCGAGAAUCCGGUAUGAAAGGGUAGAGGAAAUGACGAAGGAAGUGCCGGUGGCAGGCGUAGAUGAUGUGCGCACUAUCCUCGGGGACGACAAAUCGGAAAGGACGCCAAUAUACCUGACUCACAGCGAGAAACACUCGUACAAAGAUGGCUCGACCUCCGCCACAGCCAUAUUUGACAUCAGCAAUCGCGUUCUUCAUGUUUAUCGUGCAAACCCACGACACUCCCUGCCACUAGCCUCGUUGCCCUUUAUCACGUAAUGAUUACGCAUUAGGACCGUUAUAUAAUUCUGUGUCGUUUAUUUUGACACCAUUUUAAACGGUAUAGCACGGGUAUUAUAGAUUCCCUUUUAUAUUUAUUCAUGUUGGCGAUAAUGUUUUAAAAUUUAAAAUGUUUCGCGUAAAGAUAAAGAUCCUGUGAUUUCAAGCACUUGUCAGUUUUUCUGCAAUAAUUUAUCAGGACAGCAUUUUCUUGUUUCAAUUCUUAUAUUGUUUGUGACACUAUAACAUUUAUAAAAAAAGUGCAUGUAUUUUCAACUUGAAUAUUUUCACAAUGUAUAAUUAAACCCACCAGCUCCACCACUUAUCGGUUUUGCAAAGGAAACCUCGGAUGUAUUUGGACGGUUUACAUACUCAAAUUUAACACAAUAUUUGCAAUAAAUUAUAUUUUUUUCCAACUAAAUAUAUAAAACACAUACAAAUAAAUACAAAUAAAUAAAAAUACAACUGACUUUGCUUGACUUUGCUUGGCUUUGCUAGGCUUUGCUUGACUUUGCUAGGCUUUGCAGUGUUUAGUAGGACCGAAAAGUGGUACACGUUUAAUUCCGCUGCAAGUAGAUCGCGUAGUAAU